AUGAGUACUGUUAUUCUGUGUCACGCUGAAUCGCUGAAUCUCGACGCAAUCCGCGCUUCAGAUGCCAACAUCGUACGAUAUUGUGUGACGGUGAAGUUGAGCGAGUUGAAAGAAAUGCUAAAACCCUACUCUGCGGGUCGCAUCCGCAAUCUUGGCCUCCACAUCCAAAAUCGAGAUACUAAACUAAGGAUUCUUGAUGAGAUGGAGAUCACAAAAGAGACGCUUGAAGACGCCGGCUCAUUUGUCUCCCAGUUCUUCCGAUGGCUUAUUUCAGAAGUGUUGAUUGAGGGAGCUUUUAUCGAUUUUUUAUUGACUACUCCAAUUGAGAACACGUCUCAAAUGUGUCUGGCAUUGCAAUCGGUUAGCAAGAAGAAAAUCUCGGUGCGCCUCGUCAGCCGAUUCCUCUCAUCAGAAUUAGCUCCUCACAACAGAAGAAUCGUCGACAUCUAUAUCAACAAUGACAUAAUGAUCACCAAUCCGAAUCCACGUGCCACAUCCGCCCAGAAUCGGUAUGAGAGGAUUAGGACGGUGGGGAAAGGAGCAUUCGGAUCAGCAGUACUGUAUCGUCGACGAGAAGACAGUUCGCUGGUUAUCAUAAAGGAAAUCAACAUGUAUGAUUUGGAUAGUUCGCAGAGGAGAUUAGCAUUGAAUGAGGUUUCCCUGCUGUCUCGCAUCGAACACCCCAACAUCAUCGCCUAUUAUGAUUCGUUUGAAGAGGAAGGAGUUCUGAUGAUUGAAAUGGAAUACGCAGACGGAGGAACACUUGCUCAGAUGUUGGCGAGAAGUCAGAAUCUUCUCGAAGAGGAACUCAUCGUCGAUAUGAUGAUUCAGAUGUGUUCGGCUGUCGCCUAUCUUCAUGAGAAUAGUGUGUUACAUAGAGACCUCAAAACCGCAAACGUCUUUCUAACACGUGACUCAUUCGUCAAAAUCGGCGACUUUGGAAUUUCGAAAAUAAUGGGAACGGAGACGUUGGCUCAAGGAGCGAAGACAGUCGUCGGCACACCGUAUUACAUAUCUCCAGAAAUGUGCUCUGGAGUGUCUUAUAACGAGAAAAGUGACAUGUGGGCACUCGGAUGUAUUCUUUAUGAGAUGUGCUGUUUGAAGAAAGCAUUCGAGGGAGAUAACCUCCCGGCGCUGGUGAAUAGUAUUAUGACAUGCGCCUACACUCCAGUCAAAGGACCGUACACUUCCGAAAUGAAGAUGGUAAUCAGAGAGUUGUUGCAGUUGGAUCCACAGAAACGACCAUCCGCCGCGCAGGCAUUGAAGAUGCUCCGCCCCUCGGAAAACCGUCAUCGCCACCACACUUCUGGCUCGAUGCGCUCCUCGAUAUCCUUUACAACUCUCUACGACCUCCACGUCCCCACUAUAACACUAUCUGCGAUUUCUGAUCUACCUGGUCGGAUUUCUGUGAAACAGAUCGCGUUGAGUAAGACUCAUACGAUGGUGUUGACCAAUGAUAAUGAGCUGUUCGGGUUUGGAGACAACUCGUGUGGCCAAUUAGGAUUCGGAAAGUUCUCGAAAAUAGAAAACGGGAAACUCGUUGAGACGCUCAAAGGAAGGGAUAUUCAAUCUGUGGGUGUUGGCAACUAUUUCAGUGUGAUUUGUUGCGAUCGUGGUACUCUUAUGACUAUUGGAACUGCGAAGAAUUUGGGAUUGGGGAAGGAAGCGAAAGAUUCGGCGAAACCGGUUCUUUUGGAGCAAUUGUUGAGAGAAAACAUCAAAGAUAUCUAUUGUGGUCACGACCAUGUUAUUGCAAUAUUGGAGAACGGAGAAUGUUUGGGAUGGGGGAGUAAUCAGUAUGGACAACUUGGAUUGCCAACUUUGGAGCACUUUUUCACACCGACAAAGAUCCCGAUGCCAAACAACAAGAAAAUAGUGUACGGGAAAGCUGGAAAAGACGCCACAAUGCUUCUAUCAGAUGAUGGAAGUCUCAUAGCGAUGGGCUCCAAUAGGCAUAACAAACUCAAUCUGACACAGAGGGUUGGAUUCUUUGCGAAAGAGAAAAAAGCCCCCACGGACUACAUAAACAAACCGACUAUUCUACAAGGAUUCCCGGAGAGAGUCGUUGAUUUCUCAGUUGGGAGUUAUCAUUCGGGAGUCAUUCUGGAAUCCGGCCAAGUAAUGUUAUUUGGUCGGAACGAUAACACCGAACUGGGUCUCGGUCACAAUCAAAAAAUGGCGGUCCGCUCCGUGAAACCAGUGAAAUCACUUCUUCAUCAUGCGUGCACGCACGUCCUUUGUGGAGACGGCUUCACUCUUGUCAGCACCACCGAACAGGAACUCUAUUUUUGGGGACGCAAACACUUUACCGAGGAAAAUGUUCCAAUUGAUGUCCUCGAGGAGACCGUAUGUGACAAGAAAAUGAAACGGACCGGUAGUGAAGUGUUCGACAAGAAUGUGGUAACUCUACCCUCACUGAUUUUGAGGCUCCAAGACGAACGAGGCGAGAAAGGGAUCCGGCUAUCCGGUCUGGCUGUUUCCGGUAGAAGAGUGCAUGUGGCGGUGGAUAUGUUGGAGGGAAAAAGACUUCCUUCCGCCCUUGCUGAGCGGUGCCGGAGUGGGUCGAUGCCCACUAUCAACGACGAGACACACACUUGGCUUCGAGAAGAAUUCGAGCAAGCUGAGAUCAUACCGAUUGAUGCGUCGAAACGGAGAGUUCGGUUUGAUGACUCGUGUGAUAAGUUAAAAAUGGACUCGACCGCCAAACGUAACUCAUUAAUCCGUGAAAUCGAGGAGCUCAAAUCGAAAAUCAAGGAGCAAGACUCGACGUUCGAAGGACACCGUAACCAAAUGUCAGAUCUCGAAUCGAAACUGCAAGAACUGCAAGCGAAACAGACAUUCCUAAGGAAAUCGGAACCUCCGCCAGCUUAUGAUCGAAGGAAUGUUACGUACAAUAAACUAUUUCCAGAAAGAGAGAAUACUAGUACCACGUGUGUUAUUUUGUAA